CGAUGAUGAAGGUCCUGCAUCUUGGCGCCCUCCUGCUGGCCGCUGCUGUGUGCGCUGACUCCACCUCGUCCGCCACGAACGAUCCAGCUGCUGCCGCCGCUGCCACUAAUGCGACGGUAGGGAGGAAGGUCCAGCACGCCUUCGUCGACUGCCUGACUCAUCGCCCACUGCUACUGUGUGUUCUUCAGGCGCUUCGCGGAUCUGUGAAUGUGUCGACGGAGGUCAUUGACACGGACGGUGAAUAACGACCUUGCAGUGCUUGCAGUGCAGGAGUGCACUCAUUCAUUCUGUCUGUCUGUCUGUCUGUCUGCAGCUGCCGAAGGCGAUGCUGGAGCUGCAGAAGCUCGUGAGCUGCAGGGCCAGGCAUGCAGCGUCAGCUCGUGUCAGUGCGUGGGCGUGUGGAACGAGAACGGCCACGGUGGCGUGUGCGGUAUGUACGAGCUGGGCUUCUUCCCCGAGACCCAGUCGCUGCCCUGGUGCUACGUGAGUCGCCAGUGCCCCUUCGCCCGUAACAGCGUGCUGAUGCCCGCUUAUGCGUGGCUGAUCCCCUGCUGCGUCCCUUCUGGUGGCGGUGGUGGCGGCACCCCACCCAUGGCUGCCGCACCCGUGGCCAGCCCCCCCGCUGGUGGCCCAGCUGUGGCUGCCGGCAGGCCAGCUCCCGCUGUUGGCAGCCCACCUAGCGGUGGCGGCUACUGACGAGGUAGGUGGGCUGGGCGGGGGUGAGUGGUGUGAAGGGCAUUCUGGAUGGAUGGGUGUGAUCACUGUUGUGUGUGUGUGUGUGUGUUUGCCUUAGUGCGUCGGUAUUUUCGUGUGAGCAUCUGGUCCGGUGUGUGUGUGUGUGUGUGCAAGGGGCUAGGUGAGUGUGCGAGGGGCUGGGUUUUGAUUGACUGUCCGGCUGCCAACACUCCAGCUGAUCUGAUUUGAUACGUACGACCGGUGCCCACGUACAACACGUUACUUGUGGGUCGUUUCGGUUGUGUUUGUACUGCGUGUGGUGUGGGGUGGUGUGGUGUGGGGUGUGUGCCGUGUGCACACAGGCAAGGGAAGGGCUGCCACGUGUCUUUGUGUGGCGGGUAGUAGCAGUAGUCUACUAGGUGAUUUAUAAUUUGAGCGGCAUCUUGGUUGGUUGAUGCACGGAUAAGUGUGCAUACAACAGAGAGGAGGGAGGGCAGUCUGUCUGGUCUCAUGGAUGGAUACACGGUGUCUUUGCGUGUAUGUAUGCUCUCAAUAUCAAC